GUGGAUGCUUCAUGUGACAAGCUUCGAUUUCUUUUUAGAGUCAUUUCGACCAGCCUCCUGCUGCCUGGGACAUUUUUGGAGUGAGCACCACACCUCAGGGUAACCAUGAGGACUCCUGCCCACACUGCCAUCAGAAGGAGAUGGCUGUUUUGGGUGCCCCUGGUGUGCUCUGUAGCAAUGGAGCAACUGCAGAGAGAGCCUACCCUGGACUACCACUGGGAUCUCUGGAAGAAAACACAUGAGAGAGAAUACAAGGAUAAGAAUGAAGAAGCAGCACGACGUCUCAUCUGGGAAAAGAAUCUGAAGUUUAUCACGAUUCACAAUCUGGAAUAUUCUAUGGGCAUGCAUACAUACGAUGUGGGCAUGAACCAUAUGGGAGACAUGACCACUGAAGAAAUCAUGCGUCAGAUGGGCUCUCUGAGAAUUCCCAGCAAGUCUCCGAAAACUGGCACUCUUAAGUCAAGCUCUAACCAGACAUUGCCUGACUCUGUGGACUGGCGAGAGAAGGGCUGUGUCACUGACGUGAAAUACCAGGGUUCUUGUGGUGCCUGCUGGGCUUUCAGUGCCGUGGGGGCCCUUGAAGGGCAGCUGAAGCUGAAAACGGGGAAGCUGGUGUCCCUCAGUGCUCAGAACCUGGUGGAUUGCUCAAGCGAAGCAAAGUACGGGAAUAAAGGCUGUGGGGGUGGCUUCAUGACCGAAGCUUUCCAGUACAUCAUCGAUAACGGGGGCAUCGAGUCAGAAGCUUCCUAUCCCUACAAAGCCAAGGAUGAAAAGUGUCACUAUGACUCAAAAAAUCGAGCUGCCACGUGUUCAAGGUACACUGAGCUCCCCUUUGGGGAUGAAGAAGCCCUGAAGGAAACAGUGGCCACUAAAGGGCCUGUCUCUGUGGCCAUUGACGCCAGGCAAUCCUCCUUCUUCUUCUACAAAAGUGGUGUCUAUGAUGACCCCUCCUGUACUGAGGACGUGAAUCACGGUGUUCUCGUGGUUGGCUAUGGGACUCUUGAUGGGAAAGACUACUGGCUUGUGAAAAACAGUUGGGGCCUUCACUUUGGUGAUCAAGGAUAUAUUCGGAUGGCAAGAAACAAUAAAAAUCAUUGUGGGAUUGCUAGCUAUUGCUCUUACCCAGAAAUCUAAACCAUUUCUUCUUUUUCUAACAAGUCACAAGGAUAGAAUAUACUCUAACUUAAUUUUGCCUGCUCUAUUCAGAGGAAACAAAUGUGUAAUGAUCAAUGUGUAGUUACUGUACUAACUAGGUUAUAGCUUGUUCGCUUUAUAACUUUACCUCUCGCCGGGCAGUGGUGGCGCACUCCUUUAAUCCCAGCACUUGGGAGGCAGAGGCAGGCGGAUUUCUGAGUUCGAGAAUUUGAGGUUAGCCUGGUCUACA